UUAAGGCCCUCCCUAGCCUCCCCUCCCAAGUCUCUCCCUGUCAAGCUGGGAUCAGGCUCAGGCAAGCUCCAGGGCUGUGACUGAUCAAAGGUUACAGUGGCUGUCUCUGGAAUGAGAGGGAUGGAACUUUUCUGAAAGCGAAAGUAUGGGGUCUGAGUAGAGAGUGGGCCUGGGCGGUCCUGUGGCUGGGAAGUCCCAGCUGUUGGUCAACCAAUUGGACUGUGCUGGCAGCCUCUCUCCUGGACCUGGUCUCAGGAUCCUGCUUGGCUGGCUUCCCUAGGACGUCUGCUGCCUGGGUACAGUUGUCUCCUUGCAUAUCAGGAAAGGACUCAGCUUGCAGGGAAAGUUUCAAGGCUUGAGCGCCACAGCCGGCCGGCAGUGAUUACCCCGGAGGCUUCGAAGGACAGAGGAUAGCCAGGUCCUACGAUCCAAGGCAUCCAGGCCAGGAAGGGAAAGCUUCUUAAGAAGCUUCCUGUUUGAGCAGAAGUGAUCCUGCCUUUUGUGCUGAAGGGCUCUCCAGCUACCAAGAUGCCAUUGCCGCAGACAGGGGCCCCUGGGUCAGAGCUUAAAAGUCCCAGGGAGCCUAGGAAGUCACAGACCCUCCCUGCGAUCACCUGGAAGUCCAACAGUAUGAAAGAGCAAAGCACCAACCAUGGCGACAGCAUGAAACCCAGCCUGGGCAUGCUGAAGCGGACCCUUUUCCGGACCAGCCUGCAAGCUUCAACCCACAAGGCCAAGGAGGACCCCGGCCUGUUCAGGAGGAGCUCCCACUUCCUGUUCAGGUCCUUGAGACGGGCCCUAGAUGAAGGAAGAACUGCUGGACACCCCCAAGGCACUGCUGUACCAGAGAAGCCCUCCAAAGUCACAGAUGGUGUCAGCAGACAGGCAGCCACUGGGACGGAGGCUGAGGAUCCAGAACCCCAGGCAGAAAGUAAAUCCGUGGCAGACCUGAUCACUGAGCGGCAGCUAGUGAAGGCCUUUGAACAGCUGAGGUACCUGGAGACGCAGCUAGUAGCUGACAAAACGUCACGCACCUUUACACAGGACCCCACCGCCUAUGCGCGGCGCGCUAUGGACCUUUGUCUGCAUUACGACGGAAUGGCUGCGGAGAUCGGAGCCAUUGUGCGCGAGGCGCUGAGUUCCGAAGGCGUGGAUCGAGACGCCCUAGCGGAACUGGCCCAAGUGGUGCACUUGGAAGAGGAGGCCCAUCAUACCUCCCAGGCCGAGGGUGAUUUCUUGAGCACACCCCGCCACUGGCGUCAGCACUGGGAGAACGCGGUGCGCCUCAGCGCUCAGGAGCGCGUGCAGCAGGCAGGCGCCAAAAUCAUCCCUGGGGCUGCGGAGGGCGCAUCCGACCUAGCCCAGCUUCUGGCUGAGCUCGGUGGCGUGGUUCGCCAAGACCUGCAGAAGGUGCGAUUAGAGAUGCAGCCAGCUUACGAAGCCACCGACUUCCCAGUGUGGGAGACCUACUUGCGGGCCUUCCACAGCGCUGUGGCCCAGCGCCUGCAGGAGCUGGCGCGAGACGCCCGCGGCUGUGAGCAGCUCUAUGUGCUGUUAGACUGGGCCGCUAAUGUUUAUGGCAGUCCUGACUUCCUGGGCGCCCCAGACUUGGCGUUGCCCACCGAACCGCUGCCCCCACUCCUAGAGCCUGCUCUGUGGGCUCGACUGGAAAGUGACUACACUCGCUUCCUAGAGACCAAGAUCACAAGCUGUUUUGACAGCAUCUUGCAGCUGGAACAGAAUCGCUGGGAAGCGGGCGAGGACCGGGAAGUGCUGCAGGGCCUCUACCACGCGCCCCUGUCCAUUGAUGUGCACAUGCUGGUAGCUGAGCACGUGAAGGCGGCUGGCGCAAUCUCCGCGGAGCUGGAGGCCACCACCCUGCAGAUCUGCGCGCGUGCGCUCUGCCUCUUUGUGCCCAGGUUUGAAAAGGCUUUUCUGGCAUCGAAGGCGGUGAGCGAAUGGUACCUGGGUGCUUACAUUAACGCCUGCGUGGAGCUGAGAACCAGUCUUCUGGCCAGGUUCCCAGAAACCAUAAAGGAACUGGAGAAACCCCUGGUGGCUGCCACCAAUAACUUCCAGAAACAUUUGCUCCAGAUUGUACAGCAAGACAUGCAGCCACUAUUCAAGGUGCUGUAUACCAAGAGCUGGCUCACACAGGACACGCUGCGUCCCCUCAUGGACAAGGUGGUGGACUUUGCACAUCACCUUGAGCAUGUGACCCCACCACUGGCACAGGAGACUCUGCAGGAGGUGCAUCGUUUUGUGGUCCGUGAAUACCUGGGGCAGGUGCUGAGGCCCCACGAGAGGUUCAGUGGCCUGGAUCGAGUGAACGGCUCCCAUAAGAUGAACCUGGAUGCUCAGGCCAUUAGCAACACUUUCCAGGGCUUGGGCUCUGAAGCCAAGUGGCUGGACCAAGCCAUCCUGUCCGUGGCUGAGAUCCUUGGUGAGACAUACAAAGACGACAUCCGGCGGCACCUGGAAACACUUAUACGGAGCUACCCGGACAUCAGGCGAGACCACAUUCUGGCCAUUCUGGCACUACGCAGACUCGGCCGCCGCCGGAACCAGAAUCUCUUGCAACACACUCAAGACCUGCUGAGGGCAGCCCACGAGAUCAGGUCCUCACACCGCGUGCUCUUUGAGGAGAUUGAAGUGCCCACCUCUGUGGACGUGCUCAUCACCUGCAUCUAGGGCUGAAGAGUGAGCAGGAGCCUCAUAGGCAGAGGAUCUGUCACCCUCCCCACGACUGACCCCAAGUUGGGAGCCCAGUGAGUCACUCUGGCUCUACCCCCAGCUCUGAAGCCUGGGGCCAUGGAAUUUUUGGUCUCCGCUGCCUGGAUACUCAGCCAGGGGGAGCCAAGAGAUGAAGCACUCCAGGCAUUUGUGGGGGAGUCUGGGCUGCCUCAUCUCCUUGCGGGGAUUUCAGGCCAGGGAAGGCUUCCCUUUCUAACUGCUCAGCACAUCCACACUGUAGAGCGAAGCUGAGGAUUCUAAAAAUAAAUGUGAAUUAGAAUAG